AUGGAACGGUUGCUUCGUUUAACCGGUUUUAAUAGUCUACCGAAAGCAACACCACAGGAUAUACUAAAGCAUCCAGAUACCGGUGAAAUUGUUUAUGUCUCGUCACUUGCUCUUCUUAAAAUGCUUCGACAUGGUCGAGCUGGUGUUCCUAUGGAAGUCAUGGGUUUAAUGCUGGGCGAAUUUGUUGAUGAUUUUACGAUUAAUGUUGUUGAUGUAUUUGCUAUGCCACAAUCCGGAACGGGUGUAUCUGUGGAAGCAGUCGAUCCGGUAUAUCAAACUAAAAUGCUGGAUAUGUUAAAUCGUACGGGACGAAGUGAAAUGGUUGUUGGUUGGUACCAUUCACAUCCCGGAUUUGGUUGUUGGUUAUCCGGUGUUGAUAUUGCUACACAACGAAGUUUUGAAGCGUUAAGUGAUCGUGCUGUUGCAAUCGUUAUCGAUCCAAUACAAUCAGUCAAAGGAAAGGUAGUAAUUGAUGCUUUUCGUACAAUCGGACCGAAUACUUUGGAAUUCAGUUUUUUGGAAAGUUCACAAAAGACACUGGCACCUACUCAAGAAUCACGACAAACCACUUCUAAUUUGGGACAUUUGGUGAAACAUUCUAUUGUUGAGCAAGUUCAUGGACUUGGCAAAAGCUAUUAUUCAAUAACAAUAAACUUCAAGUUAACAAUCAAAGAGCAGCAAAUGCUAGAAAGUUUGCAUAUGAAAAAUUGGGCUGAAGGAUUACAGUUGAAUAGUUUCGAGAGUAUAGCACAAAAUAAUUUAGCAAAUAUGGAACAAAUGGUUAAAUUGAUCAAACUUUAUAACAAAGAAUUAUUCAUGCUGAAAAAACCAUAUAGUAGUGAAAAAGGAACAGAAAAUAAAACGGAGAAGUCAACCGGAUUAUCAAAAGCUGAAAUUGAAGCAAAAAAAGUUGGUCAUUUUGAUCCAAAGCGACAUCUGGCUAUCAUUGCAGAUAAUUUAAUGAAGGAUAAUAUUGUACAUGAAUUAUGUUCUAUGAUUGAUGCUAGUGCUUUCCAGUAA